AUGACCGUCGUCGAAGCCGUUUCCACUGAUGCCGGCGCCGCCCCUGCCGCCGCGGCGCCGGUCCAGCCCUCGGGGAACGGGCAGACCGUGUGCGUCACCGGCGCGGCCGGGUACAUCGCCUCGUGGCUCGUCAAGCUGCUGCUCGAGAAGGGAUACACUGUCAAGGGCACCGUCAGGAACCCAGGCAUGCAUGCCUUUUAUGACCCGAAGAACGCGCACCUCAAGGCGCUGGACGGCGCCGCCGAGCGGCUGAUCCUCUGCAAGGCCGACCUCCUGGACUACGAUGCCAUCUGCCGCGCCGUGCAGGGCUGCCAGGGCGUCUUCCACACUGCCUCCCCCGUCACCGACGACCCGGAGCAAAUGGUGGAGCCGGCGGUGCGCGGCACGGAGUACGUGAUCAACGCGGCGGCGGAGGCCGGCACGGUGCGGCGGGUGGUGUUCACGUCCUCCAUCGGCGCGGUGACCAUGGACCCCAGCCGCGGGCCCGACGUCGUGGUCGACGAGUCGUGCUGGAGCGACCUCGAGUUCUGCAAGAAAACCAGGAACUGGUACUGCUACGGCAAGGCUGUGGCGGAGCAGGCGGCGUGGGACGCGGCGCGGCAGCGCGGCGUGGACCUGGUGGUGGUGAACCCGGUGCUGGUGGUGGGCCCGCUGCUGCAGCCGACGGUGAACGCCAGCAUCGCGCACGUGGUCAAGUACCUGGACGGCUCCGCGCGCACCUUCGCCAACGCCGUGCAGGCGUACGUGGACGUCCGCGACGUCGCCGACGCGCACCUCCGCGUCUUCGAGAGCCCCCGCGCGUCCGGCCGCCACCUCUGCGCCGAGCGCGUCCUCCACCGCGAGGACGUCGUCCGCAUCCUCGCCAAGCUCUUCCCGGAGUACCCCGUCCCCACCAGGUGCUCCGACGAGGUGAAUCCGCGGAAGCAGCCGUACAAGUUCUCGAACCAGAAGCUCCGGGACCUGGGGCUGGAGUUCCGGCCGGUGAGCCAGUCGCUCUACGAUACGGUGAAGAACCUUCAGGAGAAGGGCCACCUGCCGGUGCUCGGAGAGCAGACGACGGAGGCCGACGAGCUGCAGCAGGGAGGAAUCGCAAUCCGUGCGUCAUGGAUCUUCCAUUUCGCAGAUAAGAGAGUUCAUCAAUUCGAUCAAUUGGUCAAGAGACCACCAGUUUGGGAAAGAAUAGCAAGUAAUAGGAUCAGAGGGUCCUUUCCUCUCAGUUUGGAGAAGAGGAACUCUGCUCGUGAGACAUCAUUUGGCACCUGCCCUGGCAUGUGCAUGUCGAAAUCUUGCAAAGUAUCGGGACUUCUGGAGUAG